GAAAAAGCAGUAAAUGGUCUAAAUAAAGGACUCAGCAACUGAAGAUCCAGUGAUCUGAACAUCUCACGACACUAACAAUGACGAUGUUUGUCGUGGCUCUGCUCUCUGUUUUCACGGCGUCUGUUGUUUGUGGAUUCAAACCAUUUGACUGCUCUGAUGUAUAUAAAGCAGGACAAACAGUCAGUGGGAUUUACUCCAUCUAUCCAGCAGGAGACAUUCCUGUCUGGGUUUACUGUCAGAUGAUCUCAGACGGGAAAGAGGAAGAUAAAGGAGCAUGGACGGUGAUUCAGAGGAGAAUGGACGGCAGUGUGAAUUUCUAUCAGCCGUGGAAUCAGUACAAGAGAGGAUUUGGAGCCACAGAGGGCGAAUACUGGCUGGGGCUGGAGAACAUGUACCAGCUGACACGUAACAACAAGUACAUGCUGAGAGUGGAUCUGGAGGACUUCACCGGAAGGAAAGGUUCUGCUCUGUACUCGUCCUUCUCUGUGGGUCCUGAAGCUGACGGCUAUAAACUACAAGUUUCAGGAUUCACUGAUGGAGGAGCAGGCGACUCGUUGACCGACCACAAUGAUCAGAAGUUCUCCACCUUCGACAAAGACCAAGAUGUCUAUGAAAAUAACUGUGCUAAAGAGUUUCUGGGAGCAUUUUGGUACAAGUUUUGUCACACUGCAAACCCCAACGGUGUGUACUUAUGGGGAGAAGACGACACCCAUUUCGGCACUGGUGUUGUUUGGUCGACCUGGAAAAACAGCUUCACUGUCAGCAUGAAAUCCAUCGGCAUGAAGAUCAAACGAGUGUCUUAGAAACAGUGUGUUCAAACAUCUGAUAUUGCUAUAAUUAUAUGACAAUGUUUAAGGUAUUGCUUUUCUUUCUUAACUGAGUAAGCGAAUAAUGUUCUCGUUCUUUUUGGUCAGCUCUUUGCAUUUACUAAUAAAAUGAGUCAACGCUUGAAAGUGUUUAUCUGCUC